GAGCGCUAUUGCGGCUGCACACCGGUUCCUCCUUUAUCGUACAUUUAUGGUGUUGCUACUGGCCGUGACGCGCAACCGGCCAUCGACGUUUUACAUAGUCACGGGUGAUCGUCUGCAUAGUGACAGUGAGUGAGGGAGGUGAAAGACGAUAGUGUGCCUGUGACAAUGUCUACAGACCGAGAGCCUCCCGUCACUGCCAAACUCCUUCACCUCAUGUUUCUCUCCACCUUCUGGGGAAUGCAGAUAUGGGUCACCUUCAUAUCAGGCUUUGUAAUGGACAACCAUCUAAACCGACACACGUUUGGCUUCAUCCAGAGCCGGCUCUUCCCGUUUUACCUGCAUAUCGGCUCAGCCUGCGCUUUCUUCAACCUCACCAUCUUUGCCAUGUACCAUCCUAGUAACAUGCUGGAUGACAAAGAGUCCUUCCAGAUCUUCAUUUUUUUCGUCUGUGUGACUGUGGCGGCAGUGAAUGCCCAGUGGUUUGGUCAGAUGACCUCGGAAAUCAUGGCAGACAUGCACCUGAUUGAGCAGGCCUGUGGAUUGGGUCAGGACAUCGGACUCUCGUCCAAUCGGGAAGCGUACGCCAAGCUCUGCGAGACAGACCCCAAGUAUAAAAAGCUGAGUGGUCGGCUGUGGCUGUAUCACCUGCUGUCCUCACUUUGUAACCUCUGCUGUAUCGUAUGUAAUGUAUACAGCCUGUAUUACCUGGCAGAAAACCUCACCACACUCUGAUGACCUUACUGCAACAUAGUGGAGUUAUGCUCCCACAAUGUAGUGCAAACCCUUGGUUAACGUCUGUGUGACAGCGAUGACCUGCUCUCAGGUACUGGAUUACCUCCUGACAAAUCUGGUUAUUAUUGCUAUGGAUUGUCUUUUUCAAUCUUUGUUGUGCUAGUUUUAGUUUAGACAUAUGAUGUAUAGAGUAUUUUUUGUAAAUGUUACAGAUCAUGGCUGUGCAUAUUUAAAUGAUACAAUGUUACACUUUGCAUGGUUGAGAAAAAACUGAUAUGCAAGUUUAAAUGAACAAAAAUGGGAAGUGGAAGGGAUAUUUUGAAAACUUUUCUUGACGUUCUAGAAAUUAUGGCACAUAUUUUCUGUUUUCUCAAUGAAGGCAACCUCACUCUGUCACAAAGUAGUCAAAUUAUUUGAUUUCUCUGUUUCAACGGCCAGCCUCACCCUGUUCUCCUGGAUUGGGUGUGAAUGUAUCGACAUGUCUGUGCACAAUCUCUCAUUAUAAGUACACUUCCACAUUUUAACAGGGAUGAAUAUGCAAAUUAUGCUCUCAUGUGGCUGUAGAUUUAGAAUUCUGUUGCUGUUUGUUGAAAUGGAGUUUAAAUUAAAUGCACCCAGCACCAGUUGCACCACAAAAUGGAGUUGCGCAUGUUAUACAAGUAUUUUUUUAGUGACUCACAAACACAUAUUCUUGUUUUAUACUGAUUGACAAUGUAUAUAGUGUAGUAUUUAAUCAGUGCACUGCAUACAGAUAAUGUGUGAUAAUGUG